GUAGGUGGCCGGGCCGCCGCCGCCCCCGACCCCGCGUGGCCCCAGGUACCCGCGAGGGAAGGCCCGGCCUCCCGCCCCCGCGCGCCGCCAUGGACGCCGCGCCGGCGCUCCUGAGGGCCCCACCGGCCGAGGUGCUGGAGGACGUGCUGCGGGAGCAGUUCGGGCCGUUGCCCCAGUUGGCCGCCGUCUGCCGGCUCAAGCGGCUGCCGUCGGGCGGCUACUCGUCCACGGAGGACCUGCAGCUGGUGCUGGAGCGGCGGCGCGUGGCCAACGCCAAGGAGCGCGAGCGGAUAAAAAAUCUCAACCGUGGUUUUGCCAAACUGAAGGCGCUGGUGCCAUUUCUUCCCCAAAGCAGGAAGCCUAGCAAAGUUGAUAUCCUCAAAGGUGCAACUGAGUACAUACAAGUUCUCAGUGAUGUUUUGGAAGGAGCCAAAGACUCUGAGAAACAAGACCCAGAUCAUCAGAACUAUAGCAACAAUACUUCUGAACCACACAUGUCCUUGGCUAGAGAGCUAUCGAGAAAUAUACCACACGCCGGUUGUGCUGUGGGCUUGAAGAAUGAGGAGGAAGGGUCCUGGGCAGAUGGCGGCAAUGGAUAGAUCCCCAGAAGUAGAACUGAGUCACAGGUUUCCUCAAGUAUGAAAAGUGAGAAGGCUGGCUCAGGGCUAUCUUCUACAGACAAAUAAAUGCAGUCUUGAAAGUUU